AUGGAAUUUGAACAAAAUAAUGGCAAAGUCAUUAUUACAAAUAUUCCAAAUUCAUCUCUUUCAAAGCAACAAUUAAUAACUACAGAUUUAGAAAUACGACGAAUACGAAAAUAUCUUUUACUUAUAUAUGGAAUUGGUCUUGUACUUUGUAUUUAUGGUUUAAUUUAUUCAAUAUUUUCCAAUAAGAUUAUAUAUUGCUCAAUAACAAAUGGACGUCUUGAAGAAAUCGGCGAAUGUAUCGUUGCAAUUCUAUUCUUUGCAUUGGGAUUAUAUUCUGCUUCUCGAUAUUCUGAAACAGGCUUACGAGUGAUAGCAUGGUUGGGUAUAAUUGACUUGAUUGGUAGUGUUGUUGCAAUUUUUAUUCUUGUUAUAUUUUCAUUGAUGAAUUCAAAAAGGAAGAGUUCGAUCGGCAUAUCAUUAAUUGAUGAUCUAGAGAAUAGUCAUGCUAAACGAACCAAACAAAUCAAUCCUUUGGUUUGUACUAUUGUGUUUCUUUUGAGUUUUGUUCUGGUGGUUAUCAUCGUGAUCUAUACUUUCAAAUUAACUAAACUUAUAUCUGCGAAAAAAACUCAAGCUAUACAACAAAUUGAACGUGUUGUGUAUUCAACUGCAUAA